AUAAAUGUUUGUGGGCUUACUGCUGUGUGCCAGUGCUGCUGGGUACUGGGAAUGUGAGAGAUGCUUCAGGGGGAGGAUGGCAUGUUCAGCCAGGACAUAUGGUGAUGACAGCCAGCAGGACACUAGACACCUACCACUGAGUCUCAGGAGAAAAGUCCGGGCGGUUGGAAGUAUUUUGGAAGUCAUCGGCGCACAGGACCAGUCCACCAUGCCUGAAGUCAAAGACCUUUCAGAAGCUUUGCCAGAGACGUCGAUGGAUCCCAUCACGGGAGUGGGAGUGGUGGCUUCUCGGAACCGAGCCCCAACAGGCUAUGAUGUAGUUGCACAGACAGCAGAUGGUGUGGAUGCUGACCUCUGGAAAGAUGGCUUAUUUAAAUCCAAGGUUACCAGAUACCUGUGUUUCACGAGAUCAUUUUCCAAAGAAAAUAGUCAUUUAGGGAACGUGUUAGUGGAUAUGAAGCUCAUUGACAUCAAGGACACUCUGCCUGUGGGCUUCAUCCCGAUUCAGGAGACGGUGGACACACAGGAAGUGGCUUUUAGAAAAAAGAGGCUGUGCAUUAAAUUUAUCCCACGGGAUUCAACUGAAGCUGCGAUUUGUGACAUUCGGAUCAUGGGCCGGACGAAGCAGGCCCCCCCUCAGUACACGUUUAUUGGGGAACUGAACAGCAUGGGGAUCUGGUAUCGAAUGGGCAAAGUCCCCAGGAAUCAUGACUCAUCUCAACCCACAACGCCUUCCCAGUCAUCCGCUGCUUCCACCCCGGCCCCCAACCUUCCCAGGCACAUCUCUCUAACGCUCCCUGCUACCUUCCGAGGCAGGAACAGCACUCGGGCUGACUAUGAGUACCAGCACUCCAAUCUGUAUGCCAUAUCAGCAAUGGAUGGUGUGCCUUUUAUGAUCUCAGAGAAGUUUUCUUGUGUUCCAGAAAGUAUGCAGCCCUUUGAUCUCUUGGGAAUCACCAUCAAAUCUCUGGCAGAAAUUGAAAAAGAGUAUGAGUACAGCUUCCGCACGGAGCAGAGCGCCGCAGCCCGGCUCCCGCCCAGCCCCACGCGGUGUCAGCAGAUCCCCCAGUCCUGAGGCCCGGCCGCCACCCCGCCCCCUCGGGGAGAAGACGCAGCCGCCCGACUACUGAGCGCCCCUCCCUCGCCCAGUCCAGUCCCUCCUGCCCGCCCUCACCGACCCCCACCCCCGGGGGCUCGCCUGGGAGACUCCGGGCGGCUGAGCGGUUACCUCCGCGGCCAUCGGCUUGCCUGACGGGACACCCCCGCCUCCCCGGGGACACUGUUCAUAAUCUCGACUAAUCUGUGUUUGCUGUAGUGACCAGCAGCUCCUGGCGUGUCUGUGUGACGACCAGCCUCCUACACGCGACCCCACCCACCGCGGGAGCCACCCGAGGGCCCCGCGCAAUUGCGGAGCUUCCCGGUGACCCGCUCGCUCCCUGUCCUCCUGACUGUUGCCUGCCGCUAAGCUCGCACGUUCCUCCUGGAAUUCCGCCUGAGGUGGGUGGCAGCGGGGCACAGCCCCCCGCCGGGGCUCCCCCCACGCCCCAGAACUGACAGCGACAAGCGCCCUGAGCGUUUCAUGGCAACCCUGAGGACUCGAGGGAGGAAGGAGCAGGCGGCCCCCGGCCCCACCGGUGGCCACCCCUUCACGCUCGGCCCCCAACCGACACACUGGACACGCAGAGGUCGGGGCGCAGCCGCCCGGCUGCCCCCACAGAGGACGUCCCUGCUGGGCGAGAAGGCCGAGGGACCUGGUGCUUGCUUGGAGGGGAGUUUUGCUGCCCGGGACACUGUGCUCACCCACCACCCGCCCUGUUCCUCCCAAAGGGCUCGGCUCUGCAACGCCCACGUGCCCUGACCCAGAGACGGGCCCUCCCUGGGCUGCGGGAAAGAGACCCUGUGGGCUGGUGUCCAGCCGCAGAGGGACGCGGGCACGUGGUCACCCAGCUUCGCAGAGCCAGGCUGCAUCUCGAUGGGGUCUGCCCACAGCAGGAGUCGUUUGUAAAAGUCCGUCUGAGCCAGGUCACCGAACUGGGGCCAUGACUGGCCAGUGGCCACACUGGCAUCUCCCACAAUGCUGGCUGCCAAGUUCAGCCCCACACGGGUUCGCCAUGAGAACAGGGCUGCAGCCACCCCUGGGGGGCUCAGGCCCCACCUCGACGGCCUGCCUGGUCUAGUUACCAGGGUCUGUCUCGAUUCCACAGAAUGUUGGGAUCUCCCACCUCGGAGGUCACUAGAGGGCAGGAGCUUUGGAUGGGAGGCUUGACAUGCAUGGGGGGGGGGGGGGGGGAGGGAGCGGGCUGAGGCCUGGAGAGCAGGGAGGUGCCCCCCCCCCAUGAAGGUAGCACAGGAGAGCCACAGCCAAGGACGCUCCCUGCCUACCCGUGGCUCCUGGGAUGGCACAUGGUGGCUGGGGCAGAACUGGCCAACAGUGUGGAGGGUGGCCGCUGGCUCAGAGGUGGGGGUGGGUCAAAAAUACCUCCUGUACCUGCCGUCAGCAACGCCAGCUCCAGAACCUCUACCCUCACCGCUGUCGCCCCGGAUCUUCAAGGCGAUACCUCCUGAUUUCUGUGCAUUAGAGAAGUGGGCACCUCUCCCUCGCUCCGCCCAGGCCCGGGACGUCCCUGGUGGAGCUGGCCUUCCUGUGCCUCCCACACAGCAAAGCGGCAGGAAAAUGCAGGCGGUGUGUGGAACCCCCGGGGUCCAGGAAGCCAAGGGCUAUGGUGCUCACCCAGGAAGGAGAGAGCUUCGAACUGGUCUCAGAUGUACACGCCGAGAUAAGCUAGUUGCGCUUCUGGGGAAACUGGAGGAGUCCCGUGGGGCCCAGAGAACCUGUGUCUCCUGCUGCCUUUUGGACGGGCGGCCGGUCCAAAGCCAAGUGACCUGCGUGACCCCAAGCCCAACACAGAGGGGCGACCAAUUCCUUCUGUACCGUUCACUCGGUGCGUGCGCUUUGUUCACGGCCUGACUGGAAGAUUACCAUCCGACAGGCGGCGCCCAGCAGCCCUUCUCCCUUGACCGACAGCCAGGGGUUUUAGCGGCUCUCAGGGCCGAAGACGAGCACGUGGGAGCCCAAGCGUGGGUGCAAGAAGGCGGAGCUGGGCAGGGAGGGUGACUGUCCCCCCCCCCCAAUUCCGGGGCCAUCCUGCAGUUACGGGAUGGGGCUGCGGGGCCACCAGGAAGAGGCCAGACUGGUGUGGAUGCAGGCGGCCUGGGGUGACGACCUCCACUGCAUGGUAGACAUAAGCGAUGUGUAACGGUGACUGAACGUCACCCUAAACCAUUAGGACAAUUAGGCAGUGACCGUGUUAGGGAGAGGUUGGCGUCUGUGGUAGAUUUUAGGCUGCUCCCAGCCCUCUUUGCCUGUUGGGGAGGGGGGGGCGCGUGCAGACAGCAGGACAGCCCGGACCCCUGGCACACCACUGCAACAGAGCGACCUUUUCUUUCUGGGAGGGCGCAUUGCCUCACAAACCCUGUGACCACACAGGCAGGGAAGGACAAGGGUUCUCGGAAGUGUAAAGGGCAGGGGCCAGGCCCUCCGUCCCCCAGCACUCCCCGCCGCUCCCCCAGAGACCAACGAGAGCACAGGCUUCCCUGCUGCCUUCUCUCUUCCAUCUGAAAAUCCGUUCUCUCUCCAAAACCUUGGAAAGGGCAUAGUGGUAAUAGGGGGUGAGUAGGUUGCGACGUGUUCAUUUGCAAAUUUUUAUCAAGGCUUUUCCUGCCCCGAGUCCCGGAACCAAUAUGGGCCACACGCCCCUGCCACCUGGAGAGCUGGGACCAGGUCAGGACCCCCGGCCGCCCCGGCUUCCUUGCCGGCAGUUCUGACCUCUGCACAGUUGGCCACCAGGAGCCCCUGACAUUUGCUUCCCCACCCCCCCCCCACCCCCCGUGCUGUUCAGAACGGCAGCGCGGCGGGCGACAAGGACUAACACAUACUAAGCACCUGCUCCUUGCCAGGCAGUGGCACAUUUCUCCUCUUUAAGCACAUUUUCUCCCGUUUUUCUCCCUUGAAAAACACCCAGAAAUGGAUGUUCGUUGCUCCCGGUUAGAGACGAAGAAGCGGAGACCAGUCCGCGGCACAAAGCUGGCAGGUGGCAGAGACAGGACUUGGGCCCCGAGGCUCGUCGGACCCCAGAGCCACUGUGCCGGCUGGUCCAGCAUAAGCACACGCCUCACAGCCCCUUUUGGUUCCGGUCCCGCAACGGACCUCCCAGCGCCGCCAGCCACGCUGGUUCCGGCGCGAUAGCGUCGCCGCUGCGCCAUGGUGCUCGGCAGGGGGCGAGAGCCCAGCUGCCCCCUCGCUCCACCCCGACGAGGGCUCCCCUGAGAUCCAGGGAGCCCGAGAGCAAAGCAGGGCCUCGACCCGGCAGCCGCGUGCCCACGGGGGUGCGGGCCCGAGCUCUGACUCCGCCCACUGCCCGCCCUGCCGCCGGGGCCUGGAGGCGGCGGCCCCUCCUCCUUCGCCCGUCCGGAUGCCGCCAGGAGACGGGGCUUCUGUUCUCCCCGCGACAGGUGUGUGGGCUGCCAUGGGACGCUGGGGCCACGGCCGGGCCGCUGUGCCCUCGCCAUGGGAACGACGUCCUUACCGUAUUUAUUUGAGGUGACUCUGUACUUGGCGAAGGGAAGUUUCACUGUGUGAUUGUCUGUCUUAAUAUAAUUUGUUAAAUAAACGUUUUAACCUUU